AUGAGCUCUCCCGCGCAGAAACGAUCAGGAUCCAAGGGCCAGAAGGUGGCGAACCUUGUACCGCAGAUCCUUUCCGAUGUUCCAGCCACCUUCGAUGUAAUGCAAUUGAAUAGCCAUGGCCUGAGCAGCGGUCGAGGCGUCCAACUGCCGCCGCUGAUGACCAGGGGAAAGAUCCGACCGGAACAAGUGGACCAUGCCCAGUUCCGGGUUCUGGACCCGCAUUCCAAGGCUCUCAGCGAUCAGCAGUUUAACGCACUAAUCAAGCGGCUGGUCAAGUGCUUCAUGUCAGAGGUGGCUAUUACAAAGAAGUUGCGCAAGCUGACCGCCCACCCCAUCGGGCUCCGACCCACCGAUGAGGAUAUGAUCCACCAUCUGGAGACCCUCCGUCGCAACUAUGAGGCCGAGCGUUCGGUCCUCGUUGUAAAGCUCAGUCUGGAUAAAAGGUUUAAUGAUGCUGGCGUGCGAUCCACCAGCUCAUCCAAAAAGUCCAGAUCCUUGAACUUAUAUCCUAAGCGCAAGGAGCCUGGGAUAGUAACUAUUCCCGAUGAGUCGCACGACCCCGAUAUUCGACCCGCCUUCUCCAAAAAGCGCCAGACCGGAGGAUCUUUGGUCGCAGUGCCAAGUAAUAUACCCUUCGUCAAUAACAGUAUUGCAUCGCCAUUGAAUCUUUCUCAGAAGCUCCAAAAAAAACUAGAAAGAUUGCAAAGGUCCGAUCCGAAAAUGUCACUGUCCACCUGCUCCCGAGCUUCAAUGUUUUCUGCCAUCGGGGAGCCUCAAAUAAGUCCUCCUCAAUCCACCAGCGAAACUGAUAUAUUCUAUGAUAUGCCAACCGUCGUAAUGGGUAGUUUUUGA